AUGUCCCCAUCGCCUAUCAUUGUUACCAGCCUCCCAGCCUCGCUGGUUUACCGUUUAACCGCGCCAGGCGCUGAACUUUUUGGCUUUUUCAAAAACUUCACAUGCCAAGAACGGCCAAUCGGUCAACGGGGCCCGGACUUUGCGGACCUCCCUCCGGACCUUGGCUACACCAAGUGGGGUGUUACGGGCCACGGAGCGGGUUUCGGGGGAGGCGAGACUCUCGGAGACUCCCCCGGCUCUGUGCUGACGCCAUUCUUGGCCUUUGGACCGCCGUAG